UGAGCCAUCCGCAGGCCGCAGGCCUCUUGACUCUUGAAGCAUGCGAAUGCAUGCGGCACGCUUGGCAAGCGCAACAGAUCAGGCGGAUGGCAGUGCGGAGAGAGCCAGUACACUCCGUAUCACGUGGCCGGCCCUAUCCGUACAUGACGCAUCCGCGUACGAGUGCGAGCGUUCGUGAGUGCGAUGGCCACCGCCACCGCCCACUCGACAGCUCUUAAACUCUCAGCAACUCUUGCUUGUUCAUCUGCUCUGUCUCCCAUACCUUAGAACGCCCACUCGGCACAAUAACUACCUCUCCGUCGCGUUGGCAACACAGCGCACGACAACCUCCCAACUUGGCCAUCCACCACAUCAACCCUCACCCCUUCCUGCUCAACCCCCUACUCCCCUCUUACCCCCAGUUGCUCUCCCCAUGCCGCCACAAGGGCAUGCAGCCCUUUGGAGCGCGGGAAAAGACGAGACCGUAGAGGUCAACCAGCGCGCUCUGAUUGACAAAAUCCUCGCGCGCUACUCCGGCGAGCAUACCAUUUUUCGCGAGCUGCUUCAGAACGCUGACGACGCUGGCGCGCAGAGCGUCCAGGUCAAGUUCUAUACUCAAGCAGGCGUGGACGCUGCGGAACGCAGGGCACCCGCACCCCUUCCUGAUGCGAGCAAGGAUGCAAUUGUCCGCUACGUCGUGUGCAAUGACGGUAUCCCAUUCCGGCCAGAGGACUGGCAUCGCCUGAAGAAGAUCGCGGAGGGCAACCCCGACGAGGACCGCAUUGGUGCUUUUGGCGUUGGGUUCUACUCGCUCUGGAGCGUUUGCGAGGAGCCGUUUGUUGAGUCCGGAUCCAAGUGGAUGGGCUUCUACUGGAAAGACGGCAAAGAUCAGCUCGUUGCCCGCUCUGGCGAUUUCCCUCCCGAAUACAAGCCUUCCGUGUCUGAGCCGUCUCACUCUGGCCAUCCAUGGACGACCUUCACGAUGAACCUUCGCGAGCCGAUGCCGCUGGAGGCACCUCUCGAGUUCGCGCGCUUUCUCGUCACCUCCCUCACAUUCAUGCGCACGAUCCGACACGUUGACAUGGUUGUUGAUGGCACUAAGGUGUUAGAGGUCCGCAAAGACGUCAAGGGCCAGAGCGUUGCACCAAGCAUGAACCUUAACACCAGGUCGCCGUCGGGCAUGUUCAACGUGUACAAGGUUGACGCCACAAGUAUGGUGAUAACUGCACGUGUGAUGAAGUGGCUUUCAGCGACUGGCACCAAGCCGCCGCCCAUCCCUCCAGCACUUGCUAAGCCUGCCAAGGCUGUCGGUGGCUUCCUAACAUCUUUCUUUGGGAGGAGUGCACCGCCCACGCCAAGUCCCGAACCACCCUCUAGUCCCAUGCCGACUGAAGAUCCAACACAUGUGGACGUGCUCGCGCGCGAGAUUCAGACCUUCCAGGCCGACGUCAAGGUGUCAGUCACUGCCGCAUUCGGGCGUGAGCUCGAGCGCGCGACAAAGAAGUCCGCACCGCAGCGCAUGCCCGCCAGUCUCGUCUUUGCGCACGAGGAAGAUACGGCCAAGACCGCCGACGGGUCAGAGGCGUCAAACAAGAAGGCUGCUGUCGUGUUUGCAGGUCUCUGCCCUCCCCUCGACGGCGAGAAGUCGGCCAAGAUUUUCAUCGGUCAGCCGACGGGCCAGACGACGGGUAUUGGCGGGCAUUUGGCGGCGCGCUUCAUCCCAACCGUUGAGCGCGAGUCGAUCGACCUUGUAGAUCGUCAUAUCUCGCAGUGGAACAAGGAGCUUCUUUGGGUCGGGGGAUGUCUUUCGCGCCUGAUCUACGAGCUCGAGUUGACGGACCUCGCGAAGAAGUGGGGAGCGACGUCCCGGACCGACACCACGACCCGGGAAAAGAUUCUUGCUCGAGGCCUACACGCUCUCCGCUUCUUCUCCUUCCGGCCCACGACUCCUUCGGCGCUGGUCGGCUCGGAGAUGGAGUCGGCAUUUUUCUCAUGUGCACGAGACCCGCCCAGCAUGCCUAUCAUCUCCACCGGGGGCAUCCUUCGCGUAGACAAAGUCCGCAUCCCCGACGCUUCUCUCCUUGAGUUCCUCCCCGAGUUGCCCGUCGUCACACCAGCGACUGUGGACAAUGCAUCGCGCAUGGUCAACCGGCUCCGCGAGCGCAAUCUCCUGCAUGACAUCGUCUUUGAGGACGUAGUUCAACAUCUCAACGCCCGCCCAUUGUCCGAGAAGGAGAUGAUGGCAGCCCUGAACUGGUGGCAGUCCAUCGCGAACACAGACGUUUAUAAGAACAACGCGCAAAUUCGCAACCGUCUCCUCCAAGCUGCGAUCCUCAUCACCGACCAGAAUAAGGUCGUACCUUUAGGUGAUAUCAAGACAUACGUCAACCCCCAGAGCUCGUCCAUACCCACCGACAUGCCUCUCCCACCAGAUACCAUCCCAUUCUCUGUGACCAAGCAGCUCAAAAUGUCGACGAUUACCCAAGUUUUCGGCUGGGUCGAGCUUACUGUCCCAGCGUACAUUGGCUUUUUAACCCGCCCACCCAUGACGGGCAUCAAUGGCGCGAAUCCUGACACGGACGUGUGCGUCUCACCCGUGUUCUCCGAGCGCGUCCUUACUAUGCUUGGGCGCGCGUGGCAGAACAUGAACGCGCAGAGGCAGGCCGAGGUUGCUGCGCUGCUUAAGGAGGUCGCAUGCAUUCCCACGCGCACGGGUUUCAAGAAGCCCCGCGAAUCCUACUUCCAUGCGAAUCUCCUCUUCGACGACCUUCCCACGCUGGCGUUCCCCAAGACCACCAGCAUCCGGGGCGGCCUCGAGAUGAUGCUGUUGGCCAUCGGAGUCCGCAAGACCGUGGACCUCCAGCUCAUUUUCUCUCGACUUGUUGGCGGUGGAGAGUGGUCCUGCAUCGAUCUUAUGAAGUACCUCGUGUCAGUUAAGGACUCGCUCACGAACGAGGAGUGGGCGCGCCUACGCCAGACCGCCGCGUUCCCUCUUGAGCAGCCUCGCCUGAAGGACGGGAGCAAAGCGCCCCUUGAGCGGCGCAAGCCUCAUGAGCUGUAUGAGCCGACGGACAGCAUGCGCGAGCUUGGCCUGCCAGUGCUAGAGUGGGACGAGCACAAGUGGAAACCGACUUCCGAUGAGGCGCGGUUGCUGUACAACCUAGGUGUACGGCGCUUCCCUCCGGUGGAUGUCCUUCUGGGACUGGCCGCGGGCGCCCCUCCGACGAGCGAGAAGGCGUUUGCUUACCUUCUCAAUCACAUCCACGACCACUACAUCGGCUUCGAGCCACGCCAGUUCAGCACUGUCUCAUUUAUCCCAGCAACAACCGCCACGGGCAACGCGAUUCUUGCGAGGCCGGGAGAGGUAUUUACAAAUCCCGCGUGCAAAACGCUUGGGUUUCCCGUCGCGCGUGGCCUUGCGUCGCUACCCGAAAACGUUGCAAAGCUCAAAAUCGACACUGACCCGCCGAUGAACCGGCUCGUCCUCUCAUUCCUUGCUGCUCCUGAAUCAGACGCCGGCCGUGCUCGUGUUAUUUUUGAGUACCUGGCCUCGCGUAUGGGCACAGGCACGCUCAGUGCCCUCACUCCCUUGGCAGCGCGUGCCUUCAUCCCGGUCCAGCAGAAGAAAACGUCCAUGGACGCUGCUGCAGCGCGCCUUGCUCGCCCGGACGAGGUGUUCUUGGCUUCGGGGCAGACUGACUCGUUGUACGCAUCGGCGUUCACGUUCGUUGACUUCGGUCCAACCGCCAAUAUGUUCCUCCGCAACUGCGGUGUGAAGUCGGAGCCUUCUACUAAGGACAUUGCUCGCCUGUUGCUCGGCUCGCCUGAGCGCAUGUUGGAGCAGGCCGGCCGUGAGCGCUACCUAGAGCAGUUACGCAUCUUGGCGACCAACAUCAACAACUUCGAUGCUACCAUGCUCAAGACCAUGCGAGACACGCCAUUCCUCCUUGCUUCCCAGUUGGUAAAGAAGGAGAAACGCGGCGGAGACAACCAAGACAACUAUCGCCGGGAGUGGGUGCUUACAAGAGCGGCCGACACAGUUGUCGCGGACAACGCGACACUACACUCAUUCUUUGGCGAAUUCGUGCUCACAGCACCCGAGGAGGCGAUCCUCGAAUCAUUUUACACUUCUCUGGGUGCUAAGGCGUUAUCCGCAUGUGUAUCGACGGAGUAUAUCCCCCAAGCAAUUCGGCAAGGAUCCUCCUCCGAUGCGGCACGCAAUCGCGCGUUCAUCCUCGAGCGCCUGACUAUCUUUUUGGGCCACCACUCACGCCGCGUUACAGACUACACGGCCGACUGGCUCGCUAAAGGCGAUAACUUCACAGUGUCUGAGGCGAGCAACAUUCUCGCGCGCUAUACGUACCGCGACGGUCGGAAUGUGCACCAGCACGUUGAGAAACUGUACGCGAUGGCUACGCGUCUGCCACGCCGGAAGGAGGUGGUUAUGACUGUCGCCGUCAACAUGGAGCCAGACUUCUACGAUGUGGCCAAUGCCCUUUGUACCGUGCUGUUGAAGCAGCCAAAGAUCGACGACAUUUUGAUGCUUGAGUCGAUCAUGCGUACAUCGCUGCAAUCACUCAAGAAGCGCGGCUUUAACGUCGACCGGAUCCUCAAUGCCCAGCGCGAGGAGCAUCUUCGCAAGCAGGCUGAGGCCGUGAAGGAGCGCGAGGCGCGUGAGGCGUCCCGGCCGCCCUCUUCUACUGCUGCGCCGCACCAACCGAUAGCGGAGGCUGGAAGGCAGACAGUCAAGGGCGCUGGAGCGCCGCCUCCUCACACCCCCGAUCAUGCCGUUAACGCAAUGGGCAAUGGAGGCCUGAUGGGUAUGCUCAAGCGCUUUGGGGCGGGCACACCCCCUCCGGCGCCGGUCAACACAGGCGUUCCUCCCAGCUACGGCGAUCUGGGCACCGGCCCCGGACCCAGAGGCAGCUUCCAGGGCAACUCGACGUCCCGACCGUCUGGCAUGGAUCAAAUUCGCGAGACGGCUCGCAAGGCCGUAGCUGCCUCCAAGCCUGGCAACGGAGCACUGGAAAUAAAAAGCGCCGCGCAGAAUAUUGCAUCUCCUCCUGAGAGCCAGCAGAACUACUGUGACGCGUCUGCCGGAGCGAAUAUCCGCUUGGCAUACAACCCAGGUCCGCAUAGCUGUCAGGUGUGGCUUCCUUCGGACCAGAAGGAGUUUGAGGGCGCACAGAUGGCGACGAGCCAGCGUUUCAUUGCGCAGAUCCUCCUUCCGCUUGCAGGAGUCUUUGGGCUCCAACCAGCCGUUGUAAACGUCUUCUGGGACCGCGAAGGACCGCUGAUAGCUUUCAACCGUGAUGGCACAGCCUUCUGCAACGGGCGAUUCUUUGAGGCAUGGAAUGACGCCUCCGUGCAGAGCGGACAGCGCUCCGACGCCCUCAUCUCGUGGUACUUCACGCUUGCGCACGAACUCGCCCACAACCUUGAGAGUGCGCACAACGCUUCCCAUGAGUUUUACUUUUCGUCAAUAGCAGAGGAGUACCUCAUUGCGUUUACCAAGCUGCUGAAAGACAUACAAUAGCCACGUCGCACCCUAGACAUGUAUAUGGUGUAAUUAUUCUA